AUGCCCCCUUGGGGAAGACCACCAGGGGGACGACCGGGGAGGAAGAACAACAGGUCCGGGGUGGUCCAACGGUCGUGGGAGUAUGAUGAUCGUGUGGAGGAGCUGGACACCGAAGAUGACGCUUCACAAGGUGUUGAGCUGGAUCAAGGUUACGGUCAGCAAAGAUUUGUUUCUGAUGAACUUCGAUUUACCGGCAUUGAUUUGGGUGGCGGUGUGGUCCGCCGAAGGCGUUCAGGUGAUACAGAUGACGAUGAUUUUACCCCCUCAGAUGGCGAAGACGAUUAUGGAGGUCCCACUGACCUUAUUCAACGGCCAGACACGCAACUAAUGUACAGGGAGAAAGAGGACAUGCUGGUUGAGAGAGCUCUUGAGCGGAUUGCACGUGCACGGGCUCUGGGUAAGCCCAACGUCAAGUUGAGUCGAGCUGAGAUUGAUGCUUUGGAACGAUUAGAGCGGACCCAGAACCCUCCACGUCCUUCUGUGCCGCCAAAAACUGCUCCCAGAGGCAAGAAAGGAUCCCCAGCCAAACGCAAGCCAGUCGAGGUUCGCAAGAAGCCUGGCGCGAAAGACACGUCUGCCAGCAACUCCCCCAAGGGAAAAGCAAUUGACGACCGGGGUCGUGGCAAAGGGUCCGCCUCCAGUAACUUCAUUCACGAUGAUUCAAUUGCUUCCUAUGCAUUACCUCCAACGGACCAAUACUACAGUCGGCGACCUCCAUAUCCACAAGCUUACUAUGUCACCGGCUCACCUCGAGGUGAAUCUUCCCGCCAGGGCUCUCGUCAAAGCUCCAGUCAAUCCCUACGACAGCAGCAGCAGGCAUCACAAAUGGUUCUCAAUCAACACCCAUAUUAUGCUCAACGCUAUUCCUCCAAUCCAGACGCAGUUUACAGCGCGCGGCCUGGUUCCAACUCUUCCCGUGCUUCUCGGCCUGACCCAUCCGAAUACGACUGGGAGCCCCGGCCGCGCUCCAGCUCGAGUCUAGUUAAUGUACCCCUGGACCAGCUACCUUACCAAGCCGGCACAGGUAGAGCACCACGCUUCGAUCCUUCCGAUCCAAGAUUUGCGUCGCCCCAGCGACGGGUGGCCUCUGGCCCUCCAACAAUUCGGCCAAAUCAGGCGCUGCAGUAUCGUCGUCCGCAAGACGAGCUCUUCUUACCUGUCGAACAGGUAGAGGUCAUGAGGUACCUAGCCCCAUCUGACUCGGAGGAACAUGACGAUGAGGACGACAGUGAUUACGAUGAAGAGGUCCGGGUCAACGCCGCCGAAACGCCGCGCAGGGAUUACAUAAUACAAACACGGAGUGCAUCUGCAUCAACAUCUACACAGAAGGCAGGAUCUGGGCCCAGAACAGUGGCAGGAAAGGGCAAAAAGAGGAGAUAG